CAUCUUUCUUGUCUCCUUUUGAUCAGUCUUGUCUCACCGUCUCCGACUCUCUCUCUCUCUAGCUAUAGUUGUAGCUGCUCUGAUAAUGGCGAACGAGAUCAAGUUCUUCGAGCUAAACACCGGAGCGAAGAUACCAUCGGUGGGUCUCGGAACGUGGCAGUCUGAUCCUGGUCUUGUCGGAAACGCUGUAGAAGCCGCUGUUAAGAUCGGAUAUCGCCACAUUGAUUGCGCUCAAAUCUAUGGUAAUGAAAAAGAGAUUGGGUUAGUCUUAAAGAAACUGUUUGAUGAUGGAGUUGUUAAGCGUGAGGAGAUCUUCAUCACAUCCAAGCUCUGGUGUACUUAUCAUGAUCCCCAAGAUGUCCCAGAGGCUCUGAACAAAACUCUGCAGGAUCUACAGCUUGACUAUCUCGAUUUGUAUCUCAUCCAUUGGCCUGUUAGUCUCAAGAAAGGUUCUACUGGUUUCAAGCCAGAGAACAUUUUACCAACUGAUAUUCCUAGCACAUGGAAAGCAAUGGAAUCACUCUUUGAUGCUGGAAAGGCUCGAGCUAUUGGUGUAAGCAACUUCUCCACAAAGAAACUCUCAGAUCUCUUGGAGGUGGCUCGUGUCCCUCCUGCUGUUAACCAGGUGGAGUGUCACCCUUCAUGGCAACAAACUGUGCUCAGGGAUUUCUGCAAAUCCAAAGGCGUCCACCUCUCUGGAUACUCUCCGUUGGGUUCUCCAGGGACAACAUGGCUUAAGAGCGAUGUUCUGACGAACCCGAUUCUAGUCACAGCUGCUGAGAAGCUAGGCAAGACACCUGCACAAGUUGCAUUACGUUGGGGUCUCCAAAUGGGUCAAAGUGUUCUUCCAAAAAGCACACAUGAAGACAGGAUCAAACAGAACUUCGAUGUUUUCAGCUGGUCCAUACCAGAUGACAUGUUAUCCAAGUUUUCUGAGAUUGAACAGGGAAGGUUGGUGAGAGGCAUGUCAUUCGUUCAUGAGACGAGUCCUUAUAAGACUCUUGAACAGCUUUGGGACGGUGAGAUAUGAUAUGAGACUCAUCAUUGGAUCAUGUGUUGUGCCAUAUCAUUCCACGUGUUUGUCACAGAUAUCAGUUUAUUAUUAGUACUACGACUUGUUUCUUUUGGAGAGGUACAACAUUUUACUCAUAAGCUCUCUCUUUAGUUGUCCUACGUUUUCAAAUCUUCAUAAAAAUAAAGACAAUGCUGCUCUAGUUAAGAUUGGAUUUCGAAUCCAUUAUUACAAACUUAAGAU